AUGAGUGAUCUUCCCAUUGAAUUCACCGAGUUGGUGGAUCUUACGUCUCUAGGUAUCUCCUCUCAAUACCUAGACUUCAGAUCCACCACUUUCGAAUCUGACCAUUUCGUUACUGUUAGAGAAUCUGCAAACGGCACCAACACAGUGGCAAUUGUGGAUUUAACAAAGGGUAAUGAAGUCACAAGAAAGAACAUGGGUGGUGAUUCUGCUAUCAUGCACCCAUCGCAAAAGGUUAUCUCUGUGAGAGCUAACGGGACCAUUGUUCAAGUGUUUAACUUGGACACCAAGUCUAAGUUGAAGUCUUUCCAAUUAGACGAACCAGUCAUCUUUUGGAAGUGGUUGAGUGAAGAAGUUCUAGGUUUCAUCACUGCUAACUCUCUAUAUGUGUCCCAUGUCUUCGAUGGCAAUGUUUCUGCCAAGCCAGUAAAGUUGACUGACAGACACGUCAACCUAAAUAACACCCAGAUCAUCAACUUCGUUGCUAACGAAAAGCUGGACUGGUUUGCCGUUGUCGGUAUUAUCCAAGAAAAUGGUAAGAUUGCCGGUAAGAUUCAAUUGUUCUCCAAAGCCAGAGGCAUCUCACAAGCAAUUGAUGGUCACGUCGCUAUCUUCUCCAAGAUUCUUCUAGACGGUAACACUGAACCUGUGCAGGUUUUCGUCACUGGUAACAGAAACGUCACCACCGGUUCAGGUGAACUACGUGUCAUUGAAAUUGACCCAGUUCAAGAUCAGCCAGUUAGAUACCAGAAAAAAAUAGUUGAUAUCUUCUUCCCAGCUGAUGCGGUAAACGACUUCCCAAUUUCCGUACAAGUCUCUGAAAAAUAUGGUAUCAUCUACGUGUUAACCAAAUACGGUUUCAUCCAUCUAUACGAAUUGGAAACUGGUUCAAACCUUUUCGUCAACAGAAUCACCGCAGAAUCCGUGUUUACUGCAACAAGCUAUAACCACAAGAAUGGUAUCGCAUGUAUCAAUAAAAAAGGUAAUGUGUUGGCUGUCGAAGUUGACACUAACCAAAUAGUUCCAUACGUCUUGAACAAGUUGGCAAACGUUUCCCUCGCGUUAACAAUGGCUUCAAGAGGAAACCUACCAGGUGCAGAGGAUUUGUUCUCAAAGCAAUUCGAUAAUUUGUUGGCACAAGGUGACUACAGCAAUGCCGCUAAGGUGGCUGCAUCUUCUCAACAAUUGAGAACGCAAACCACCAUCAAUAAAUUGAAAAAUAUUCAAGCUCCUCCAGGCUCAAUUUCUCCAAUUUUGCUAUACUUCUCCACGUUGUUGGAUAAGGGUAAAUUGAACCAAUACGAGUCCAUUGAGUUGACUAGACCACUUUUGCAACAAGAUAGAAAGCAAUUGUAUGAGAAGUAUCUAAAGGAGGACAAGCUACAGUGUUCUGAAGAGCUAGGUGACAUUGUCAAACCUUUCGAUACUACUCUAGCCUUGGCCACUUAUUUGAAGGCUGAAGCACAUGCCAAGGUUAUCACUUGUUUGGCAGAAUUGCAACAAUUUGACAAGAUUCUGCCUUACGCAGCAAAGGUUAACUUCACUCCUAACUUUAUUGUCUUGAUUUCAAAUUUAAUGAGAACAAACCCAGACAAAGCCAGUGAAUUUGCUAUUAGCUUGCUGUCCAACCCAGAAGUCGCUUCUAAGCUAGAAAUUGAAAAGAUUGCGGAUAUCUUCUUUAGUCAAAACCACAUUCAACAAGGUACUUCUUUCUUAUUAGAUGCAUUGCGUAGCAACACACCAGACCAGGGUCAUCUACAGACAAGAGUUUUGGAAAUUAACCUUUUGAAUGCACCACAAGUUGCAGAUGCUAUCUUGGGUAACAACAUAUUCUCCUAUUAUGACAAGCCAACAAUUGCCACCUUAGCUGAAAAGGCCGGAUUGUAUCAAAGAGCUUUGGAAAACUACACUGAUAUCAAGGAUAUUAAGAGAUGUAUUGUCCACACCUCUGCUAUUCCAGCUGAAUGGUUGGUGAACUUCUUUGGUAAGUUGAAUGUUGAACAAUCUUUGGCUUGUCUAAAAACUUUGAUGGAUGAUAACUUGGAAGCUAAUCUACAAAUUGUUAUUCAAGUCGCCACAAAGUUCUCGGAUCUAAUUGGCUCGCAGGUUUUGAUCAAAUUGUUCGAGGAUUAUAGAUCGAAUGAAGGUUUAUACUAUUACUUGGCAUCCCUAGUCAAUUUGACAACCGACAAAGAGGUUGUCUUCAAAUACAUCCAAGCUGCUGUUAGAGCUGGUCAUUUCCAGGAAGUUGAAAGAGUUGUCAGAGAAAAUAAUGUUUACGAUCCAGAAAAGGUUAAAAACUUCUUAAAGGACGCUCAAUUGCAAGACCAAAUGCCUUUGGUUGUUGUUUGUGAUCGUUUCGAUAUGGUCCAUGACUUGGUCCUAUAUUUGUACAGAACAAAGAAUUUCAAAUUUAUCGAAGUUUACGUUCAACAAGUUAACCCAUCCAAGACUGCCCAAGUUGUUGCCGGUUUAUUGGAUGUGGACUGUGAUGAAAAUGUUAUUAUAUCUCUAUUGGAUACUGUUGUCGGACAAGUCCCAAUUGAUGAAUUGACAACUGAAGUGGAAAAGAGAAACAGAUUGAAACUCCUAUUGCCAUUCUUGGAAAAAACUUUGCAAACCGGUGCCCAAAGCCAAUCUGUUUACAACACAUUGGCUAAGAUUUAUAUUGAUUCUAACAAUGCUCCAGAAAAGUUCUUAAAGGAGAAUGAUCAAUAUGACACUUUGAAUGUUGGUCGUUACUGUGAAAAGAGAGAUCCAUACUUGGCCUAUAUCGCCUAUGAAAAGGGUCAAAAUGACGAUGACUUGAUCAGAAUCACCAACGAAAACAGCAUGUACAAAUACCAAGCCAGAUAUUUGUUGGCUCGUUCCGACUCAAGUUUGUGGAACAAGGUCUUAUCUUCUGAAAACAUUCACAGACGUCAAUUAAUCGACUCUGUUAUUAGUGUUGGUAUUCCUGAACUAACUGAUCCAGAGCCAGUGUCUUUAACUGUGCAGGCAUUUAUGUCAAACGGCCUAAAGACCGAAUUGAUCGAAUUGUUGGAAAAGAUUAUUUUAGAACCUUCUCCAUUCAAUGACAAUCCAGCUCUUCAAGGUCUAUUGUUAUUGUCUGCAAUCAGAUACGAACCUAACAAGGUUAGUAACUUGAUUGAAAAACUUGACAACUACGAUGUUGAUGAAAUUGCUCCAUUGUGUAUAGAAAAUGGUUUGAAUGAAGAAGCAUUCGAAAUCUAUGACAAGCAUGGAAAGCAUAGCAAAGCUUUGACUGUUAUUGUCGAAGACCUUCUAGAAUUGGACAGAGCCGAAUCCUAUGCAGACAAAAUAAACACACCAGAAUUGUGGGCUCAAUUGGGUACUGCUGAAUUGAAUGCACUACGUAUUCCAGAAGCCAUUGAUUCUUAUAUUAAGGCAAAGGAUCCUUCUAACUUCAAGAAUGUUAUCAAGGCUGCUGAAGAUGCUGGCAAAUUUGAAGAACUUGUACCAUUUUUAUUGAUGGCCAGGGAAUCUCUCAAGGAACCAGAAAUUGACGGUGCUUUGAUCUUGGCUUAUGCUGAAUUAGGAAAGUUGAAUGAAAUUGAGAAUCUAUUGACUGUAUCGAAUGUUGCUAACUUGGAAGAAGUUGGUGAUAAAUUAUCCGAACACAAUGAUUACAAAGCAGCAAAAUUAUGUUACUCUGCUGUUUCCAACUAUUCUAAACUAGCUACGACUCUUGUGUAUUUGGGUGACUACCAAAAUGCUGUUGACACUGCAAGAAAGGCUUCUAACGUUAGAGUCUGGAAGCAAGUCAAUGACGCUUGUAUUGCUAACAGGGAAUUUAGAUUGGCCCAAAUUUGUGGUUUGAACUUGAUUGUCCAUGCUGAAGAACUUGACGAGUUGGUUGAGGUCUAUGAGACAAACGGAUUCUUCGACGAAUUAAUCUCCUUAUUCGAAGCAGGUCUAGGUUUGGAAAGAGCACACAUGGGUAUGUUUACAGAAUUGGCUAUCCUUUACACUAAGUACAACCCAUCAAAGACUUAUGAGCAUUUAAAGUUAUUCUGGUCUCGUAUUAACAUUCCAAAGGUGAUCAGAGCCGUGGAAGAAGCACACUUGUGGCCUGAACUGAUCUUCUUAUAUGCUCAUUAUGAUGAAUGGGAUAAUGCUGCUUUGACUAUGAUUGAAAAGUCCGCUUUCAACUUUGAUCAUUCAUACUUCAAAGAGAUUAUUGUUAAAGUCUCUAAUUUGGAAAUAUAUUACAAGGCUAUCAACUUCUAUGUGAAGGAACAUCCUUCAUUGCUUGUGGACUUGUUAACUGUUCUAACACCAAGAUUGGAUAUUCCUAGAACAGUCAGAAUUUUCUCAAAAUCUGAUAACCUACCUUUGAUUAAGCCAUUCUUGAUCAAUGUAUUGCCAAAGAACAAUUCUGUUGUGAACCAAGCAUACCAUGAUUUAAUGAUCGAAGAAGAAGAUUACAAGGCUCUACAAGAUGCUGUCAACUCUUAUGAUAAAUUCGAUCAAUUGGAAUUAGCUGCUCGUUUGGAAAACCAUGAAAUUAUCUUCUUUAAGAUUAUUGGAGCUCAACUAUACCGUAGAAAUAAGAAAUGGGCAAAGAGUUUAUCUAUCUUCAAGGAACAGCAACUAUGGAAACAUGCAAUUGAAACCGCUGCUAUUUCCCAAAGCCAAGAGAUUGCAGAAGAUCUUCUAAAGUUCUUCAUUGAAACAGACAACAAAGAAGCAUUCAUUGCAUCUUUAUACUCCACUUAUCACUUGAUCAGAUACGACUUCGUUCUUGAAGUUGCAUGGUUGAAUAACCUUGAAACAUACAUCAAGCCAUAUGAAAUAUCUGUUAAAAAGGAACAAAAUGAUGCAAUCAACAAACUUUCUGCUGAAUUCAAGUCUAAGGCUUCUACUGACUCCAACUCUGAUGGUCAGCCAUUGCUACUAACAAACGGUGCAAUUGGAUCACAAACAACUGGAUUCUCUAACUACUAA